AAAUAACCUAGUAUGCAGCCUGGGUGAUGCCCCCCAAACCAACGGACACAACAACAGCCAUAACUGUUAAAAGGAGAGGAGAAGUUGAUUUGCAAUUGAAAAGGGGUAAUUUGAAGGAGUCACCAGUCACCACGGACAUCCACAAAGACCGCGUUAUGGAUCUGGACACUUCAGGAGGGAUUUUCGAUGAGGAUGUGGCAACACAGUUCAUAAUUGAACAGAGUCUGCUGCAGUGCCACAAGCAAACUGAGAUCAAUAACUCCUCCUCUGGUGAAGUCUGCAGGAACAUUCAGAUUACUCCUGUGAGAGAGAAAAUAUUCAAUGCCAUAAAACAUGGUGAUGAAAAUGCUCUCCGUAAGCUGACCGUUCACCAGCGAGCCUUUUAUGAAGAGGAUAAAACAGGAUUAAUUCCAUUACAUGAGGCUGCUAUACAGAGCAACCAGAACAUCCUUGAGAUCACAUUCAAUGCUUCUCCUGAGGAUUCAAAGCACAGAGGGACUCAUCAUGGUAAAACAGCUCUAUUCUUAGCUGUGGAGAAAGGUCUUGUGGAAAACGCCUGUUUCCUGUUGGACAACGGCAGCAGUCCAGACACCCUGGAUAAGGAGGAAGACUCACCUCUCAUUGUAGCCAUACGAAACAACCACUACGACAUGGUGAAAGUUCUACUCAACUUUAAAGUCAGUGUUAACCAGGAGGGGGCGCACCGCAGGACCGCCCUACAUGAAGCUGCCCGGUUGGGUCUGACAGAUUUUGUAGAUCUGUUGUUGAAAUAUGGGGCUCAUCCUGACCCCAUAAGCACUUACGGCCUGACCCCUUUAGCAUUAGCUGCACAGGGAGGACACCUGGAAAUCGUUCGAACUCUUCUGCGGAGAGGUGCUAAUGUGGAGUCUCAGGCUCAGGACAGCGCUACUAUCCUGUUUGAAGCUUCUGCUUCAGGAAACCCUGAUGUGAUUUCACUACUGCUGGAACAUGGAGCAGACGCUAAUGUACCCAAACACACAGGCCAUCUGCCCAUCCACAGAGUGGCUCACCGUGGACAUGUCAAGGCUCUUGCUCUCCUGAUACCCAUAACAACAUGGGAAGCAGUAGAUGACAGUGGAAUCAGUCCCAUUCAUUCAGCAGCGGCCGGUGGACAAACACAGUGUUUAGAGAUGCUUCUCAACGCCGGUUAUGAUCCCAACUUCAUGCUUCAUCCAUGGGUACGGCGUAACUACGACGACAAACGCCAGUCUGCGCUGUACUUUGCCGUAUCCAAUGACGACGUCGCAUCUACCAAGGUUCUGCUAGAAGCUGGAGCCAUGCCCAACCAGGACCCUGUCAAAUGCCUGCAGGUGGCGCUGCGCCUGGGCAACUAUGAGCUGAUCAACAUGUUGCUACGAUAUGGUGCCAAUGUCAAUUAUUUUUGCAGGGUGAACACAACUCACUUCCCUUCAGCUUUACAGUAUGCCCUAAAGGACGAGAUUGUGCUGCGGAUGUUGUGUAACUAUGGUUACGAUGUGGCGCGAUGCUUUGACUGUCCAUAUGGAGACAGCUCGCACGUGCCACAUGGUUACGAGGGCUGGAGUGAUACCGUCAUCAAAGACACUCUGUUCUGUGAGGUCAUAUCAGUUUUAUGGUUGAAGCAUCUUUCUGGAAAUGUGGUACGUAUCAUGCUGGACUAUGUUGAUCAUGUGACCUUCUGCUCGAAACUGAAGGCCGCUCUCAUGGAGCAAAAACAAUGGCCUGAAAUCUGCAAAAUUCAAGAGAACGUUCGCUCUUUGCAGCAUCUCUGUCGACUGAAGAUCAGGAGCUGCUUGGGUCGACUGCGUCUGAGAGCUGCAGUUUUCAUGAGCUUCCUUCAGUUGCCAGAUCGACUGAAGCAGUUCAUCCUAUAUAAAGAAUAUGACCUCUACAGCCAGAAAGGUCAAACCAAAUGAAAUAAUCAAAACAUACUUCUGAUUUACGUUUAAGACGGAUGUGGCUAUAAUGGUCCUUAAAAUGUAAAGUAAGGCUAAAAACUUUUUAUUUUCUUUUUUAAAGAGGGCUGAUAUAGAUAGGGAUAUUUUCAUAUAGUUUUUAUGCUUCUGCCUUUUAAUAACAUCUAUCAAAUUUUAAAGCUCUUGAUUGAUCCUGGAGAAGGUGGUUCAUGUCUGAUUAAAGAUAAUCAGCUAAAUGACAACACAAGUUACAAGUGAUUAUUCAUUCAAUUAUGAUUCAUAUUAUUACAGCACAUGUACAAUGGACAAUAUUGACACUCCAUACGAUGGAUUUGUUGUCCAAAAUACCCAAGUAUCUUCUUUACAUACAGUUUUUGAGAAUGUAAACAAAGUCUUAAAUUUAAUUAAUAUUUAUUGAAGUGAAUAAUUUUUAUAAAUAAAUAAAUAAUGGAUAGCAUUGAUAAAUUUACAAGUCCUAGUGAUAGCAUGUAGGAAUCACAACUGUGUAUAAAGCUUUUUUAACCUAUAUAAAAAUAUAUUUUAGGAGGCUACAUUGUUUAUGCUGUGAUUUUAAACAAACCGACAAAUUCUUUGACAAAUCGCCUUAUUGUCAUAAAUGUUAACCCAGAUAAAUGUCUUGUCUUCAACACUAUUAAAAA